AUGAUAGACAUCAUCACCAUGGGCUCCCCAUUGGCACUGGUACUUGACCCCCCAACGGAUACCGGGGAAAAUCACACUAUUGAUGUGCCUGAAGGAGAUUCAGCAUCAAUUUAUUGCCCAGUACUUGGAAAUCCUCAUGCCAAUAUCACCUGGUACAAGGGAAAUGACACAUCGUUAGGCACUGUGAUAAGUACCACCAACCCUCUGGAGUUUCUUGAGACUGUGUUGAAUGACAGUGGAUGGUAUACUUGCCUUGCUGAAAACUAUUUAGGAAGUGUUACUCUCACGGUUCAGCUACGUGUUGCAAAACUAGUACAAAGUACACCCACCUCAUCAAAACCAACCACUAAAGAAAGAACCAUUAAUGCGAUGGCGACCAUAGAUAUAAGCUGUGAUAAACGAUUAGACGUGGAGAAAAGAUUUCCCAGUUUGGCUUGUGAACGUGUCAGACACCUGGGCUGUUUAUCCGCCGAAGCUGUUGACAGUAGGUGUGGCAGUGUGAUCAUAGAUUUCGAGAUGAAAUUCAACCAAAGUAAAGUCGUUAGUGAGGUGUUGAAUGUUCUGAAAACAGCCGCAGAAGAAGACAAUUUUGAUGGGUUCAAAGUCGAUCCCAAUUCCAUUGAACAAAUUUCUCCUCCACCCACGGGCACACCAAGCACUAAAAGUACAGUAUCUUGGUUUUAUUUUCCUGGCAGCUUUCACUUCUACGUGCCUUACCGUUGCCACCUAGACAAGUUUUUUAUUAGUUUUGACACUUUUUGACAUCUUUUUGACAACUGUAUAGGCUUGGUGGUCUCAUGGUGCUAGUGCUCAACUCCCGAUCGGGCCGUCCAGGGCGAGUCCUGGCCAGGGACAUUAUGUUGUGUUCUUGAUUAAGACACUUAACUCUCACAGUCCCUCUCUCCACCCAGGUGUAUUAAUGGGUAGCAGGGAGUUUAAUGCUCAGGGUUAACCAUGUGAUUGACUAGCAUCUCAUCCAGGGAGGAGCACAAAUACUCCUAGUUGUUUCAUGCUACUGAAGCCGGAGAUAAGCCCCAACCUAAUGGGCCACUUAACUUGUAUGCAGACUUUACUUUUGACUUGUGAUGCCUUUCGUUACCAAUGGCCAAUCAAUUGCAAUAACUUGGAGCCGGUUUCAAACGUUCGCAGGCUGAGACUUAAGAAAUUUCCUUGAGAGUGAAUGAUGAAUUUGACAAUUUGACAAUUUAAUAUUUCUGCCCUCGACAGUUCCCAUGCUUUGGUUGGCCGGUUCAAAUAGAAGCUAGCAAAAUUUGUUAAAAAGAUGUCAAAAGUUAAUGAAAAACUCAGUUGUCUCACGUGGCAGCCGUACGAGACGUAGCACUGUAGAAUAAUAGUUAUUUGUAAUCAAUUAACUUGGCUGCGUAAGUUUACCAAGUAUACUGCUGCAUUUACAAUAGUACAGACAUUUUAUAAAGGUCUUUUUCUAGACGUAGACCUCGACUAAUUCCCCCCCCCGCCCCCCUCUCUUCAGCCAACAGUUUAUCGUGUUCCCAACGACACUCAAACAUUACAUUUCUUUCUUCUUACGUUGGACUCCCAUGCAGCGAGACACUCGUUUUAAAUUUGGGAAGUUUUAGUCCUAGUCUGGUUAAACGGUGUAGCAACUGCCUAAAAGCUUUGUAUAAUCAAUGUCUCAUAAUAUUGUGUUUGUGCUUGUUCAAAUGAUGGACAACGAUACCCACCGAACUAAAACACAUCUGGCGGUUGGAAACUUAGAAUUCUGUGUGUGA